AAACCAUUAUUGAUGCAACUGAUGUACCAGAGACUACCGAUACGAUACCAACUUUAACAAGAGUGAUAAAUAAUUCCCAAGUCACCGUAAUUUCCGAAUUGCCAACUACUACUACAUCAGCCUUUUUUACGACUAUUUCGGCAUCACAUGCGAUUCCAACACCCACAACAUCCUUUCUAGAUAGUGUAGAUAAACUUGAACCAUGGAUUUUUGCUUUUUUGAUAAUUUUAAUAAUCAUCAUGUUUGUGUUAACCAUUUGUCUUUGUCGUGAUAAGAACAGUAAUAUUCUUGAAAAUGACGCGAAUAUCACCCAAAAUUCACGGGAAGUGAGAAUGCCAUCCAAAUCACCAGAAAAAUUAUCAGAAAAAUCAUUUGAAAGAUCAUUUGAAAAAUCAUCAGAAAAAUCAUUUAAAGGCACUAUUAAUAAAAUAAUGCCUGAAGAAAUUGAUAAGAGAAUAAGUCAAAGUAUAUCUGAAGAAGAUUUGGUAAUACGUCCCCCAUUAACGCGUACCCCAACUACAGUUUCUGCUUUCAUGGAAAUGGUUGAUAAUGCUGAUAAUGUUGAUAAUUAA